UUCAACAUGAGGACAUCUCCAGAGUUUUUCUUUUACCUGACAUGUUUGCUCUUGGGGAAAAUGGCUCAGAUGAAUGAUUUCAUUCUCUCCGCAACUGUUUAUCAAGACAGCAGAUUAAUAUCAGCUGAUGUUGGUGACAACUUGACUUUGCAAUGUUUCUAUGACAGUGAUGCUGCAAAGUAUUACUGGUAUAAGCAAACACUGGGACAGACGCUACAACUUAUCUCCAUUACCUAUAAGUUUGAUAAAAGCGGAACUUUCCAUGAUGAAUUCAAGGACAAUCCACGCUUCACACUGGAAUCUAAAAUUGGUGUGAAUCAUCUAAAAAUUUCAAAUGUGCAACUUUCAGACUCAGCUUCUUACUACUGUGCAAGAGGUUAUUCAUUUAUGUUUGAAUUCGCGGAGGGAGCUACUGUCAGUGUGAAAGGUUCAGGAUUGAAGAUCCAGGCUUUUGUGAAUCAGUCUGGAUCUGAGACCAUCCAGCCAGGAGGCUCUGUGACUCUCAACUGUACAGUUCACACUGGGAUCUGUGAUGGAGAACACAGUGUUUACUGGUUCAAAGACUCUGAAGAAUCUCAUCCAGGACUCAUUUACACUCAUGGAGACAGGAACGAUCAGUGUGAGAGGAAACCUGAGACACAAACACAAACCUGUGUCUACAACUUGCCGAUACAGAGGCUGAAUCUUUCUCAUGCUGGGACCUACUACUGUGCUGUUGCCUCAUGUGGACACAUACUGUUUGGAGACGGGACCAAGCUGGACUUUGAGCAUGAGGAAGAGUCUUUUCUCUUGGUGUAUUUCUUGAGUGGAGCUGUGACAUUCACCACCAUCCUCAGUGUUUUACUGGCUUUCUUAAUUUACAAGAUGAUCAAGAGAAACAGCAGUUCAGAGUCCCAUGCAAGAUCAUCAACUCUCUCCACAACAAAUGCAGAGGGUUUCCGAGAUGCAGACAAUCUCCAUUACGCCGCUUUAAAUGUGAAACUGCCCAACAGAUCAAGCAGACAGAGGGACAACACUAAGACUGAAUGUGUGUACUCCAGUGUUAGGCAGUAGAACUGUUUCCAUUUUUACUGUCUUUGGUAGUAAUAUGGGAUUUCUCAGUUUCUCUUUAGAGAUGUAUCAUGUAUUUAUAUGUAGAUUUUAUCUAAAUAAAAUAUCUAACUGUACAUCUAUGGCAGGGAUUGGCAGGUAGGUUUGGUCUUGGGCCGUUUUUUUUUUUUCAAAUCCAGCACACAAUCAAAGGAUAGUUUAAGAAACUGAUUUAUGAAAAUGCAACUGGAAUUGGCUUUGUUACUGUUAACAUGUGUGACGCUGUGGCCCACAACCCACAGUCUCUGCUAUUUCAGAAGUCAAGUAAACAACAGAAUCAAGUUAGAACUUUUCAGAAUAAAAGCUGUCAAUAGCUCACUCUAAAGUAUUGUUGCAAAAAACAAGCUUUCUUGCAUUUUUAUUUUCUAGACAAAAUCGCUUAAAUGGAAGUGAUUCUGUUGCCAUGACGGAGAUCUAAUUUGGCACUAGGCGCUGUCCCACCGACAGUGCAGCCCCGAUUCUUGAUUUUUCUUUUUGUAUCUGUCAUUAAGAUUCUCUAUUUGGACAUUAUAGCGAAAUGUGGAACUGUCAGUCCGAUGUUAAAAAAGAAAAUCUGACUGUGAAAAUAAUCUGGCCUGUGGGCUGCCAGUUGCCGACCACUGGUUUAUGGUUUCAAGCAGAGUUAUUCUGUUGGAUUCAGUGAUGCUGUAUUUUGAUGAUAACAAUGGAGCUGUCGUGGAUUCUUGUCUUUCAUCCUCACUGGUUUUUAUCCGUAUAAAGUACAUUUUGUGUGAUUAAUAUUAAAA